UGUCAUAACCUUUUUAUUGUGCAUUUGUCUUUAAUAUAUGUAAAUAGUACAUAGAAAAAUAUUUUUCUACAUAGAAAAUGAACGAAUAAAAUCGUUAAUGUUAAUGGGAUAUUCUUGUACGCGUGACUCCCGUAUUUUUUUUAAACCAAUUUAUGUUUAAUUAUGGAAAAUUGUUUUGUACUUAUGCACAAUCAUAACUAAUUUUAUACUGUGAGAAAUAUUUAAUAAUUUCAAUUUGAUAUAAAUUGUAUACUUACGCAUUUUAAAGUUAAAAGUAAUAUAGUGCUUACAAUCAAGGCUAAGAAAUAAGGAAACUCCUUACUGUGAUCAGCAGCAUACAUGUUUUCAGAGAUCGGAAAACAUUGACUUAUCAUUAUCAUUGUCACAAUACAACAACGUUAAUUUCAACAUGUCUGAUCAGACAUUUCAUACGCCAUCUUUUGGAGAUGAAGAUUUUGACAUUCCAGUACUAAAUCAACAAAAUCAUGUUACUCAACAUCCUACGCAUCAGACCCACCAGACUCAUCCUUCCCACCAGACACAUCAGGAGACGCAUCCGUCAAUGUAUCAGCAGCAGCAACAAAUGCACGAUGCGUCUCAAAACCUAACCGAGUUGGUGACAAUGGACCAGUAUCAGCAGCAGCAAUUGUACCAGAUGCAGACGCCGCAGGAGCAACAUAUCAAUAUUGGCGCAGGUGCGCCAUACAACAGUCAACCUGGCGUCGGUGUGUAUGCGCCGAUGACGUCACCAGGACAUCAUCAGAUGAUGAUGAUCCAGCAGCAGCAGCAGCAACAGCAGCAGCAGCAUCAGCAGCAACAGCAGCAGAUGCCCAAUAAUCUCUUAGGUCCAAAUCAAGGUGCAAUGCAGUAUGGACUGCCGAACCAACAGGCAACAGUACCUUUAAAUAUAGGAACCACUCAUAUAACUAACUUAGACGCUAAUCCACCGACUCAGCAUAGUACUACUAGUGAAGAUAGCGAUGAUGGAACUUCGCUUCAUUUGCAGACCUUAAAAAGGCCUUCACCAGAACCAGCCGAUCAAGUGGUUGCUAAAAUUAAAAAGCCUAAAGUUCAAAAGAAGAAGAAAAAGAGAGAUCCAAAUGAGCCUCAAAAGCCCGUUUCUGCGUAUGCGCUGUUUUUUCGCGACACUCAAGCUGCAAUCAAGGGUCAGAAUCCAAAUGCCAGUUUUGGGGAAGUGUCUAAAAUUGUAGCGUCUAUGUGGGAUGCUUUAGAUACUGAACAUAAAAACGUUUAUAAAAAGAAAACAGAGGCGGCCAAAAAAGAAUAUUUGAAAGCACUGGCUGCUUACAGAGCCAGUUUAGUAUCAAAAGGCACAGGUGAAAGUGAGAAUAUGUAUCAAAAUUAUCAAAAUCCUGGGUUUCAACCCCAGCAAUAUCCUGCUUAUGCUCAGCCAGUUCAACAACCUGCUCAAAAUCCUCAGAUUCAACAAGUGCAGCAUUCUCCACAACAAGGCAAUGGAGUGCAAUCUCCAUCUGGUAUGACUGGAGGUAUGCAACAAUUAAGCCCCAUGUGCCAAGUGCAAGGAGGAAAGCCCACUAAUCUUGGUGGAGUGAUUAUGCCAACAAUGAACAACGUUUCCAAUCAAAACCAAUCUGUGAUGACCCACAACCAGAUGAUGCAACAGCAGCAUAGCAUUAAUCAGCAGCAAGCUAGUCAGCAGCACAUACAGAUAGGACAACAACAGCAUUAUAUGCAGCAGCAGCAACAACAACAGCAACAGCAGCAGCAGCAGCAGCAACAACAGCAACAGCAUGCUCAGAUGAUAUCUGCUUCUAAUCAGCAACAUGUGAGCCCUCCAUUGCCCCAAGGCCAAGCCAAUAGAAAUAACAAUGUGCCGUCCUCCUGCAUUCGCCAUGGGUGCACCAACGCCGCUGUCGCCAACGCUGAGUGGGAAGAUGAGUACUGCAGCAAUGAAUGUGUUGUUAGUCAUUGCAGAGAUGUGUUUGGUUCAUGGGUUAAUUCCAACAGCACUCAACCUCAAACUUAUUCAGCCGUCAAGUGAAGUUAAAAAUGUUAUUUAUGAAAGCAUAUUAGAUUUCUAAUAUUGAAGCAAUAUCAUACAUAUUAUUUUUUAUUUAUUAAUAUG